CCCUCAUCUUUCUUCUCUCUAAGGUGAAACACGAAGCUGUUGAGGAUCGCUCGCGCAUUUGGUCGAACAUUAUGAGCGCAAUUGUGACUAUCAAUACUUUCAUCGCAGAUGCUGUCCUUGUCUGGAGAGUUGAAAUACUGUGUGCAGAUGAGUUGCAUUGGUUGAUCAUAGUAGCUAUGUUCUCUCUAUUCUUGACUGGGGCAUCGGUGUGUACCACAAUUGCAUUACGCAUUACUGUGUCCUUUCUUUCGGGAGGAAUCACCCUCACGGAAACUCCCACAUACCAUGCCCUCACUGUCGUCCAGGUCGCGACGGUUGGCAUCUCACUGAUAACCAAUCUGCUUUCUACCUCGGCGGUUGGGAUCUAUGUAUGGAAGUAUCGUCGAUUCGUUCGUAAUAUGUUGAAGCAUGACAAGGACACCAAGAUGGGACGCGUUCUCGUGUUAUUUGCGGAAUCUGGCUUGUUGUAUUCUCUCUUUGUGACCAUGACUUUUGUAGGCCGUUUUCUCAAGGUGACCAUCGGGACCGUAGAAGACAUCACUGGCAGCGUUCUCGCGCACCUUUCAGGAAUUUAUCCGACCGUCAUUAUAAUUGUGGUCAGCUUGCAGGGCACCGUCCACAGCUCACAGUUCACGGUCAAUCAGAGUGUCUGUGUUGAUUCCGUCCCGUCCGCCGCGGACUUCACACAGCCCCCUACACAGCAGUCAAUGCAAGAAUCAAAGGUGAUGCUCAUCAGGGAGCGGGAGAUGUGCAGGGCAUCUUUCGCCUUCUUCCUGUGCUACUCUCUUUAUGAGCUUCGGCGGCUCGAAAACAACUCGCGUAUAGUCUAUCUGUGUCUUACUUCCUUUCGAGAAUAAUGAUCUUAGU